CCGACGAGGAAUGCAGCUCUUCAGGUGGCUACAAUUUUGCGUGUGAUACUCCUCGUUGGAAACAAGUUCUACGUGCUGUGUGCCGUACGUUUGUAAUAUCGAUGCAUGAACGUGUCUUCUGUGUCGACGAAACCGUUCUUGUGUGAGUUCAAAAUAUCGUGUGUGUUGACGACAAGACUUCGAAGCUGUACGGUGUGCACCAUGACACAGGCAGAUUUUAACCCAGACAUUCACUGGUUCCCGGAAUGGGAUCCCCGCACCGAAGGCUGGGCGAUGACCGGCAGUCCGUACCCCCUCAUCCUGCUCUGCAUCCUGUACGUCUACGUCGUUCGGCUCUGGGGUCCCAGGUGGAUGGCGAGCAAGAAACCGUUCGAGAUCCGUGGCGUACUCCUUGUAUAUAACCUGAGUCUAGUCAUGGCCAACCUCUACUUCGUCUGUUCCAUAAUACACUACGCCUACUUCAAGAAAGGCUACCGCAUCAUAGGACAAGGGGUCGAUUUCUCUACAGAACCGAACUCGUUACAACUCGUCCAUCUAUCGUGGUGGUACUACAUGAUGCGACUGUUCGAGUUCUUCGAUACCUUCUUCUUUGUCCUGCGCAAGAAGUACACGCAGGUAUCGACCCUGCACGUCUUUCAUCACGUUACGGUCGCGUGGAACAUGUGGAUGAAUACCACGUACGGCGGACAAGGGCAAACGGCGUUCGUCAUGAUUGUGAAUUCCUUCGUCCAUACCAUAAUGUACAGCUACUAUUUCUUGGCAGCUGCGGGUCCCUCGUGCCAGAAGCACCUGUGGUGGAAAAAACAACUGACACAGCUUCAGCUUGCGCAGUUCACCCUGGUGUCGCUGCACAGCGCCAUGCCACUCUUCAUUAAGGACAAAUCAAUACCAGGCUUCACCACCAUUAUGGUUGCGGAAGCCAUCUUGUUCUUAGUCUGGUUUCUGUCUUUCUACGCUCGAGCGUACCGAAGUGUAGGUAGGAAAGCGUAUCAGAUUGUCUCCGACUCUGCAGCUGCGGCAACGGAAGCCUUAGUGCAUGUUGCCACUUCGUGUUCUCCGGAUCACCUGCAAACAAAAAUGGACUGAGCUAGACGCACUCACGGAUGCAAGCUCGCGUUGACAGCAGGUAAUUAAAAAAAAUCGUGUACAGCUGAGAAACAGUUUGCGUAUUAAAGGGCUUUUUAUGGUGGCA